AUGGAUCAACUUCUCGCGCUCACCGGCUUGAAGAAGGUGAAGACGAAGGCCAUGGACCUCUACAAGUCGGCUCUUCAAUUCCAGCGCAUGGAUCCGGAGAAGAGGAAGAAGAACGCGCCCAACCUGAACUACUGUUUCAUGGGAAACCCCGGUACCGGGAAGACAACCGUGGCGCGCCUGUUCGCCGCCGUGCUGCACGACUCGGGCUUGCGGAGCAAGAACGUUUUCCAGGAGUGCACCGCCCAAAAGCUCAAGGAUGGUGGCGUGGAUGAGUUUCGGAAGCUGGCUCAAGAAGCAUUGGACGGCGUGAUCUUCAUUGAUGAGGCUUAUGACCUGGAUCCAGCAGGAGACAAGUUCAAGGGCGCACCCAUCGUGAAUGAGCUCGUCACCCUCACCGAGAACGAGCGUGCACGACUCACCUGCAUUCUUGCCGGAUACGAGGAUGACAUGAACUCCAAGAUCUUUGCCUACAACACCGGCCUGAAAAGCCGCUUCACCGAAGUCCACUUCGAAGACUUUGACGAAAAGGAGCUCGCCCAGAUUUGGACUCACAUGCGGUCCCAACGUGGAUGGAGCGAAGAGGAUUCGCGCCUUACUGAUGUUGUCGUGCGAAGAAUGGCGAAGAGUCGUGGAAAGAAAGGCUUCGGCAAUGCCAGAGAGGUGAGAAAGUGCUUGGAAGCGGCGGCAGAAAGCGCGAUGAGCCAUUCAGAUUUCGAUCCUCAAGCCAUGUCACUGCGCUUUGUGGAUGUUGUGGGUGAGGAUCCCAGAUCGAAUCCCAAGCUACAGCGUGUCCGCGAAGAAAUCGAACGGAAGACCGGUUGGAGAAAGAUCAAGAAAACCAUUGACGAGUUGAUCACCAUAUGUGGGACCAACUAUCACAAGGAGCUGAACGGCGAGAAGCCACUUCCCGUGUUCUUGAACCGCAUGUUCCUUGGGAAUCCCGGCACGGGCAAGACGACGUGUGCAAAGCUCUAUGGAGAGCUGCUGAAGAACUUGGGCUUUCUUAGCUCCGGAGAUGUGGUCUUCAAGACAGCUGGCGAUCUCGGGGGCUCGGUGGUCGGUGAAGCCCAGCAGAAGGUCCUCAGUGUGCUACAAUCUGCUGCCGGGAAGGUUCUAGUAAUCGACGAGGCGUACAACCUCAAUGACGGCUUGUAUGGAAAGCAGGUGCUGGAUGUCCUUGUAGAGAAGAUCCAGGGUGGUGACAACGACGACAUCGCGGUGUUACUCCUUGGAUACGAGGACCAGAUGCUAUCCAUGCAACGGGAGCAAAAUCCAGGGCUUGCACGCCGCUUCCCUCCGGAACAAGCGUUCUAUUUCGAGGACUACACAGAUCAGGAGCUCAUGGACAUUCUGCGCAACCAUUGCCGCAGCGAGGGUGUGAAGCCCUCCCUGGAUUUCCAAGAGAAGGCGAAGAGGAAGCUUGAUAUGCUUCGCCGAAGCGAGUCCCACUUUGGCAAUGCUGGUGCUGUGAUGAACCUCGUGAAGGCAGCCAUGCUGAAGGCUUCCUCUCGUGGCCAAGGAGAGGGCCCCUUAUGCUUGGAGGCAUCGGACAUCGACAUCGGACCCGAAGCUGAAAACCAAAAGGACCCUUUCGCCCCUCUUGAGAAGCUCUAUCGGAUGGAAGGAAUCAGGCAAAAGCUACAGCAGCUCAGCAAUGCCUUCUCUGUGGCAUCGGAGGAGGGGGAUGAAGCUCCUGAACUCGGCCACUUCGUGUUUACCGGUGCGCCUGGCACCGGCAAAACGACGGUGGCUCGGGUGAUGGCGCAGAUUCUCUUCCAGCUCCGACUCCUAGCGAAGGAUCGUGUGCAAGAAACAUCGGGCCUGAACCUGACGGGAGAGUACCUUGGCCAGACCAAGAAGAAAGUGGAGGAGCAGCUCGAGGCUGCAAAGGGAGGAGUUCUCUUCAUCGAUGAGGCUUACGAACUCGGCAAGGGCCUUUACGGUCAGGAAGCAUGCACCGCCAUCGUUGCGGCGAUGACGGACCCAAAGUAUGCAGGUGUGGUGAUUAUCAUUGCCGGCUACCCGGGUGACAUCAACGCCAUGCUGGACACCAACCCGGGCCUCAAGAGUCGAUUCACACAUUUCUUCGAGUUCCCCGACUGGACGGCCGGCGACUGCCUCGAUCUGAUCCAAAAGCGCGCAGCGAGCGGCAGCUUUGGCUUGGCCCCGGAGGCAGUCACAGUGCUUCAGGAAGGCUUCGAAGCGCUUCGUGGCUUGGACGGAUGGGGCAACGCGCGCGACGUGGACAAGGUCUGGAAGGAGUGUCUCCAGCAGCGGGCCGACCGGGUGGUGAAAAAGCCCGAAGGUGCCGAGUACGUUCGGCCGGCAAUCCAAAAGCUCUUGGCAGCUCGCGGCCCCAAGGCAGCUCCCACAGUCCCCAGCUUCCCAGGGGAUGCCCGUUGCGAGAUGCCAUCUCAAGCCCAGGAGAAACCGGUGCAGAGCCAGAAGCAGGCCCAGCGCGAAGAGGAAGCUCCUGCCGAAGCACCCGGCCCAGCUGACGUCGACGAGAGGGAUCCAGGAGUCAGUGACGAAGAUUGGCAGGAACUGCAGAGGGCCAAGGAGGCUUAUGCACAGGAGGAAGAGCGUGUGGCCCGGGAGCUGCACGAGCUCGAG